ACGCGUCACACGGCCCCACCAAUCAGGCCCAUGCGCCCACGUUCGGGACGCGGUUUGGAAAAAGAUAGGGCGAAGGCGGAUUCCGGCUAUAUAAAAACCACCUGACCCGUCGCCCACCAAAUCGCCCAAACCCCCAGCAUCCCUAACAAAGCCCCGCUCCGCCCGCUCCGAUCGCCGCGAGGAAGCCAGCUUGAGACCCCGGAGGAGCCAGCAGCAGCAGGAGGAGGAGAGGAUGAGCUACUACAACCAGCAGCCACCCGUCGGCGCCCCGCCGCCGCAAGGGUACGGGGACAAGGGCGGCUACCCGCCGCCGGGGUACCCUCCGGCCGGCUACCCACCCCCGGCGCAGGGCUACCCGCCGGCCGGCUACCCUCAGCAGGGCUACCCGCCGCAGUACGCGCAGCAGCCGCCGCCACACCAGCAGCAGCAGCAGAGCAGCGGGCCUUCCUUCAUGGAGGGAUGCCUGGCCGCCCUUUGCUGCUGCUGUCUCCUGGACGCCUGCUUCUGAGGAGGGAUGGAGGGAGGAAGACGAUCAGCUCGUCGAACCGGGACUGAGCUAUCUAUCCUCCCGACGGACAAAUGCUGCUAGUAGCUUAAUUAUUAUUUCUCGUCGGGCAUUAUCGCACCCUUUGUUUAAUCCAUGUUUAUGAACCUCUGUGCAAUGGAACUAUUCGCUUGGUUGUCAACUGAUGAUGAUUAUAUUA